CCUCCAGGCAGGGCAAUGGAUCUGCCUGAAGGUGAGUUUUAGUGGGUGAUUUGGUUGUUUUCUGGGUGCCCCCCGGACUUUCCCUGCCCCGCUCCCUUUGUGCGGGGAGAAAGUUCCUUGUUUCAAAUGACAAAACUUGCUGCUGCAGGGACGUGUCUCUGCCCCCUGCAGACGAGCCGGGGGACGCUUUGUUUUCUGGUUUUCUCCAGCAAGUGGGUGCCUCUGCCCCACAGACUCUGGGAAACAGGAUCUUCCUCGCCCACCCUGGAGGGUUACAAUGAGGGGACUAGGCUAGCCUGAUGGUUUCUUAGGGCCAUAGUGAUGGCUGAAGUUGGUCUCUGGGAGCUUGCUGCAGGCUCAUACUCACUUCCUAGAGUGAUGUGGAGCCAGUGAGUCAACCCCUGUCUGGGUCCUCUGCCUUUGCUGGGGCCUGUGCUGAGGCCAGCAGGAUGGGGAGCAGUGGCUCGGCACUGAAGGUCUGUACAGAUCACCGAGGAGGCAUCAACUGGCUCAGUCUGAGCCCAGACGGGCAGCACCUGCUGACGGGCAGCGAAGAUGGCACUGCACGUCUCUGGAGCACUUCAGAUAGCCAGUGCCAUGGCCACUUCCAAGGACAUGAAAGCUACAUCACCUUUUGCCACUUAGAAAAUGAGGUUGCAUUCACAUGUAGUGCAGAUCACACAAUUAGAAAGUGGGACGUGAUGACAGGCCAGUGUCUGGCCAUUUACCGAGGGCACACAUCAAUUGUCAACAGGAUCCUGGUUGCCAAAGACUAUCUAUUUAGCGGCUCCUAUGACAGGACAGCUCGGUGCUGGAGUGUGGAGAAGGAGAAACAAAUCCAGGAAUUCCGGGGCCAUCGGAACUGUGUUCUGACUUUGGCUCACUACUCCUCCCGGGAUGUUCUUGAUGAGUCAGAGGAGGAGCAGGAGAAACUGAACAGAGACUUCCUGGUGACAGGAAGCACAGACUGCACUGUUAAGGUCUGGUGGGUGUCGAGUGGGCGUUGCUACCAGACUCUGCUAGGGCACACAGGGGCUGUUUUAUGCCUUAUACUUGAUGCUCCAAACAGGGAGUUAUUUUCUGGCAGCACAGAUUAUACCAUCCGAACAUGGAAUAUUGUGACCGGCGAGCAGUUAAAAGUGUUCAAAGAGCAUCAAGGAUCGGUUAUCUGUCUAGAGCUGGUGAAUCGAUACUUGUAUUCGGGAAGUGCAGACAAGACAGUGAAGUGCUGGUUAGCAGACACUGGGGAGCAAGUCCAAACAUACAAGACUCACAAACACAGCGUUAGCACUUUGAAAUACCAUGCAGGAAUCUUGUUUACAGGAAGUGGUGAUGCCUGCGCUCGAGCUUUCAAUUCAAAGACAGGAGUCCUGCAGAGGAUCUUCCGAGGACACAAGUUCAUCAUCAACUGCAUUCAGAUUCACAAUGAAUUAUUGUACACAGCUUCCCACGAUGGCACGCUAAGGAUCUGGGACGUACAAGGAAUCUGCAAGCGAAACAAGCAUUGCCUGAAGAAGGAGCGGUCUGUCCCGGGCAAGAGCUCUCAGAAGGGAAGUCUGUCUCGUCUUUUCAAUAACAGAGUUGGCUGCACAGUGCAAGAGGAGAAUGGGGAACUUGAGGCUGUUGAACUAAAGUGAUUGCCUGGGACAAACUGUCUGUCAAACAGGAAAAACUGAGCCAUCUUCUGUGCCCUUGGGUGCAGAUAAGCCAAACCUUGGGAAGAGGUGGGAAAUUACAUUGCCCAAAGUUUCAAUCCAGAGUUCCCAGUCAUAUGACUCAUGAAACUGCCUCUCUUCAGAAUAUUACUGAUGUCUCACAGCAUCUCAUGGUACAUUGUAAUGCAAAGGAAACUUGUGUGGAUGACUUACAGACCAGGGCAAUAUGGGGUCAGGCGCCAUUGUGGAGAGCAGUCCAUGAAAUACGCCUUCCCCUAUAUUUUUGUUUGUAAUUAUCAUUUGUAUUUAAGACUCCUUUUCCCAGUACCUUCCUGUACAGUGGUAUUUGACCCCACUGCUGCCUCACGCCGGUCCCUGACAGGAGGAGAGGCAGGAAUAAGUAAUGAGCCAAUAGGCUCCCUCCCCUUCUUAUUGCCUGUUACAACAUGCUGCGAUGGAGCAGAAUGUGCAAGUGAAAGCUGCCUUGCAGGAUGACUCUGAAUUGAAUUUUCUCAGCUCCCUUUGGGGUUAUAAUGUCCUUGCCUCUCACUGAUCUGAAUGACUUUAGUGUAGGAGAGUUUGGCUGAGGCACACAGAUGCCUGAAGUCUCUCUGGUGCUUGAGCUUAGAGGACCAGAGCAGAGAUUUAAAUGGGCUUUGGAAAAACCCCAACAAAUGACCAACCUGAACUUCAGGCCUGUUCCUCCCCAUACAGCGCGAGUAGGAGAGCAGGAUGGCAGUGAGUUCCCCUGGGGAGGUCGGGGGUGGGGGCGCGAGGGUUUUGUUUCUUUGUUGUGGGACAACAGGCUUCAUGUAAGGAUGCUGGUUCUGAAGGAUGUGAUCGAGGGGAGUUGAGUGAAUGCAGCCACCCAAUAUCUCUCUGGCUUCACUGCCAAGGCUGCCCAGAGGAUUCAGGGGGCCUGGGGCAAAGUAGGGGAGCUGCAGCGCUUGUACUCACC